CACAUACACACGCAUACAUACACACUCACACACAUACAUACAUGCAUGCAUACACACAUGCAUACACACACAGGCAUUACAUUACAUUUCUUUUAGCAGUCACUUUUAUCCAAAGCGACGUACAAAAGCGUACAUAUCAAGGUCCUACAACAAACAACCGAAUACGCCAGAUAGCUACAAUUCAUAUAAGACAACAAAAAUUUCUAAAAUUACAGUACCAAGAAAUACAAAUUCAAGGUAAAAAAUACAUGGGAUACAGGGGUAAAGAUAGACAGGUGAAAAACAAGUGACAAUAGUUUAGGGGACUCCUGCAGAGGAGUUAAGGUACAGCGUGAUGAGAUUAGUCUUCAGUCCGCAGCAGAAAAUGGGCAGUGGGUGAGCGGUUCUCACGGAGCUGGGGAGGUCGUUCCACCACUGGGGAGCUGGGGUGGAGAAGCUCAGGACGAGCGAGAGCCGUUCGCACGGCCGGCAGGAUGAGCAAGCCGGCCUGUGGCAGCAGAGCGGAGCGGUCGAGCUGCUGUGUGUCGGGCCAGAGACAGAACUAUGAACCUGAUCCCCGCAGCCUGGGAGCCGGCGAAGUGACUGGAGCAGGGGCGUGACGUGUGAGAAUUAUGGAAGGUUGCAGUUCGGUCGGGCCACGGCAUUCUGGAUGAGCUGUAGUGGCAGGAUGGCAUAGGUCGGCAGACUUGCAAGUAGUGAGUUGCAGUAAUCUAGCCUGGACGAGCAGGUGUGUGGAGUACGUGGUCAGGUAUGGCAAAAAUCCUCCUGAAGUAAUAUAGAAGGAACCUGCAGGGCCGUAAUGUUCCUGCAACUUGCUCUUUGAAGUCCAGCUGGUCGUCCAGGACCACCCCCAGGUUCCUGGCAGAGAGGGGGGCAGUCCCUGCAGUACCAUCAACAGUGACGAAGAGUUCUGGUAGUAGGGAGGCUCUAUGAGGGAUGAAGAGCAGCUUCGUCUUGUUGAGGUUGAGCUUCAAGUGUUGCUUGGCCAUCCAUGAUGAGAUGUCGGCCAGGCAGGCAGAUAUUUUCUCAUUGACCUGCGAGGGAGGGAAAGACAGGAAAAGUGAACAGUGAUACAAAAAGCCAUGUGACACAAUUACUGAGCCAAGGGAAUUUGUGUAGAGGGAAAACAGCAGAGGCCCCAGUACAGAGCCCUGUGGGACUCCCGUGAGAAGGAGCACACACGCAGGCAUGUUCCCACACACACACACACAGUGCUCUGGGGUCCCUGCCUUAAGUUGCUGCUGGAAACUGCAGAGCCCAUGUUUCACCCACUGACAAGUUUGCAUGUUCUUUACUGGAGGCUUAUGAGAAAUGUUCCUCAAGCGUAGGGACCGUGCAGAACCAGAACAUCAGGUUCUCAGUUCAGAGGUAAUGGCACGGUCUCUCAUUCCUGACAGACAGCCAAUCCGAAAUGAUGUGUUUAAGCCCUCCUGCAAACAUGAGUCCCAAUCAGUUGCUAUGUUUCAGAGGGGCUUUCCAUGUAGACAGCGAAUGGAAUGUAUAAUUCACAACCUAGAGAGAUCUGAGCAUGCUCAUUAGUCUGGUGCUGAUCGGGGCUAAAACUCCCUGAGCUCAUUCCAAUCCCUUAUUUUUUCUCCCAUUAUUCUUUUUCUUUUCUGCUUUUCUUGCCCCCUACCUCCACCCAUCGGGACAGGAUAGGAAAAGAUUAAAUAAAAAAAAUAAGCAAAGACGGGGAAAUCGAGCAAACGUGAAUUAGGCGAAUGGAAUGGCCUUGCUCCUUAAAUGUCAGUUUGAAGCUGCGUUAAUUACAGUCACGGCAGAUGCAUGGUAGAUGGGGAGAGGUGAAGCCAUGUCGGGCUCAUUUAUAUUUCAGGCUUUCAAAAAAAAAAAACUUCCGCAAAAGAUGUGCUUAUUUUUCUCCUAUUUUUUUUUUUUACUUAAAUCGAUCAAGGUCCACCAUCUUUAAGGACAUUGCAACCCGUUACAUGUUCCUUCUCGGAGAUUGAAGUAGAAAUGAGGAAGUCCAGAUCUUUCCUUUGAUCAAGAAAACAUCACCGUGCGUCCUGAAAUCUGUGAAAUUUAUGCAUCCACAUUACCCAGCUCAAUCAUUCUCUUGGCCAAAAAGAAGACCUGUCAGAUACCUCAUACCAGCAGUGGCUGUACCAUCAACGCACUGCAACAGGCCAGCAAUAUCAUUUAGAAAGUAGUAACAUUACUACAACAGAGUGCCCUGAAGAAAAGUUAAAUUACGAAUACCAAAUCAUACUUGGUUUUCCUUUCCGUUUUCUAUGAAAUGUUGCAUUCAUGGGUUGACAAAUACAUCACUUUGCAAAAGUCUUAGGCACCUGUAUAACAUUUUGUAUAGAAAAGAUUAUUUCAAAAAUAAUUCAAUGAAAGGUCCGAAACAUAAUAUACAUUUAGCAUUACAUUUUAGUAAUUUGGCAGAAUAGUUAAAAACUGAAUCAAAUCAAUAUUUUUUGUGACCACCCUUCAGCGUUAAAACUCCAUCUUUGCAGUCAUUUAAAAUAAAACUGUAAAUCAACAUUGGGACCAUUUUUUUCUUAAUUUUUUCACAGAAUAGCACCAUCUGGUGGUAAGAAUUUCUAUCAUACUAAAAAGCUAUCACUCUAACUUGAUAGGACACAAAUUACUGUACAGAUUAAAUGUCUUAUUAAUCGGUACAGGGGAAAAUAAUCAUCCCCAUAUUCACAGAGAAUACAUUAAAUUGUUCAAAGAAAUGAUAGUCCAAGCUGCAGUUUCUUACUACUUAUCAAAUAUUGAGAACUGAUGUUCCGUUUGUUGGGGUGAGGUAACUGAGAGCAGAGCUGCCCUCUAUGUUCCUGGAGAUCAACAGUCCUGCAGGUUUUUAUUUAAACCCUAAUUUGGCACAUGUGAACAAGAUCUCUAGCUGCUAAACGAGGUGUGCUUUGUUAGAGUUGUAGUGACAACUUACAGGAUGGUAGAUCUCCAGGAAGAGGGUUAGGCAGCCCUGGACAAUAGGAUCUGUGGGUGGAUUUUGACUAUUUAUUUGGCUUCAUCGUAUCUUAAUCUUCAACAGGAAUGACUGGCUUUGUUGAGUACUAUAUUUAAAGAAGAAUUACAUGAGUAAUUUGGGUGCAGUCAAUUAGCUUGAUUUAUCUGAGAUAAAAUUAUUUUUUAACCAGGUCCGCUAUGCUGCUAAUCUCUAACUAUAGAAAGAAUUUCAGAACAAUCUGAUAAGGUGGGUGUCAUGGUGUGUCAUUUGACUUGGAAUUACAAUAGCUGUUUUUUGUUACAGCCAAUGUCAAAGGUUAUGAAAACAAAUGUGUAACAUCAUUUUGCACUUUCACUUAUUCCAACUUAUUUGUUUUCUGUAGAAUACAUAACCAUUUCAGAUAAAAUGUGACCUUAACUGAAAUCUUUUAGUAGACAUUUAAGUACAAUGUACAUCUCAUUCCCCAGAGGUUGCAAUUAUGGUAGGAAGGAAAACAUUCAUACACAGUGGAUCCCCAUCACUUAAUGUUUUACUGAAUAUGAGUCACAAUAUUACAUUAUAAAAUAAGUAGGCUUUACAACCGACAUUGCCAAAUCAAUGUAUACUUCCAAAAGAAAAGUUACAGAAAAAGGUCCUGUGUACAUAUCACACAGAUACCAGUUCCCUUUAGUUGCAGCCAAUCCCAGUUCCCUUUAGUUGCAGCCAUUACUCAAAGUGACAAAGUAUGAUCUUGCCGAGCAAACAAUCAGAUGUGUCUAAUGUAGUCCCUUCUAUGCAUUAAAACUCAAUUAACAGCUCAUUUGAUGCUGGAAAUUACACUUAUAGGUGGAUUCAAAACCGGAAGCACUGGAGUCCCCAGGGCUAAAUUUGACAACUCUUACAUGUAGAGAAAACCUCCAAUUGUCUCCUUCACUGUAAAAGACACUCAUCACACUACUCUGAGCUGACUCCAACCUCCUGCCCACGCAACUUCUCCUUUGAUUCAUUAUUUUUUUCCCAACAUGGCAAAGUACAAAAUAAAAAAAUAAAAAAGAUAUUAAAUUGUCAUAUAUUAUUAAGAAGCCAUUGUUUAAAACUAUUUAGGCUAGAUGUGUUUUCUCGAUCCGUUUUUGUAAUGAUUGUAAGCACAAAUGGGUACCAUAGAAAUUGGCUACGUGGUUACAUUCCAUGUUAGAUAGUUGAUUGCGAGGCAUUUCGAAAUCUUCGCGUCCAGGGACCUUGCGACUUUGCGGAAGCAGUAUGACUGUAGCUUCCAAAUAGUUUUAGCAAGUCGCUGCAACGUUUCACCAGCUUCGCCAAGACUAAAAAUUAAAACAGCAUACCAACGCUCGUUUUCCAAACACCAGCCAGAGGUUUUGGCAGAUUUUGGUCUCUGUCACUGUCUAACGUAACAGAUUGCAUUGACCGAGCAGCUAGCUAGCUCUCUAGCUAACUAAAUAAUCGAGUGUAAAGGCACCACGUUGGAAAGUAUUCGCUGGCCAAGGGGGCUGCCGUGGUGCUGAGGGGCACGAGCCGGAGCCACGGAAUCAUCCGGAAAGGGAGGGGGCCGGAAUGGCACCUAGCGCGUGAAGACCGAGCGCGUGCGAGAGAGAGAGACCGACCGAGACCCGAAGACGGGACACUUAGGCGAAUCCGCAGGGAAGAAAUCGGGGGGGGGGGGCAAGAAAAACAUGUCUUACAGUAACAGGGAACUGGUGCUGUUCUAUAUAAGCUACAAGCUGUCCCAGCGGAACUACUCCUGCAGCCACAUUGGGCUGACGGGGGCCGGCGGGGCGGCGGCGGGACCUGCGGAGGGGGACGGGGAGGGGGACGUGGACGGGGACGAGCAGGGCGAGGGCGGGGCGUCCGGCGGAGGGCACGCCAACGGCUCGGUGAACGGGCGCAGCCCCGGGCCGGCGCCGGCGCCGCCCCCGCCCCGCGACCUGGGCCCGGUGAAGACGGCGCUGCGCGACUCGGCCAACGAGUUCGAGCUGCGCUACAGCCGCGCCUUCAGCGACCUGUCCUCGCAGCUGCACAUCACGCCCGCCACCGCCUACCAGAGCUUCGAGAGCGUGAUGAACGAGGUGUUCCGCGACGGCGUCAACUGGGGCCGCGUGGUGGGCCUGUUCGCCUUCGGCGGCGCGCUCUGCGUGGAGUGCGUGGAGAAGGAGAUGAGUCCGCUGGUCGCCCGCAUCGCCGACUGGAUGACCGUCUACCUGGACAACCACAUCCAGCCCUGGAUCCAGCUGCAGGGGGGAUGGGGCCGCUUCGCUGAGAUCUUUGGCCAUGACGCCGCGGCAGAGUCCCGGCGCUCUCAGGAGAACUUUAAAAGAUGGCUGAUCGCUGGCAUCACGCUCGCCACGGGCGUGGUCAUCGGCUCGCUCAUCGCCAGCAAACGCCACUGAGGUAGAGUGCCACGAACAGCGCCACCUUCUGGCCCACCUCCUGCAGAACAUGAAGGAAGACCAGAGAAUAACUAAAGAAGGAAAAGAGAAAAAAAAAAAAAGAAGAAAAAGCAAAAGAAAAAUUGCCAAGUGUUUCCAUGUUUACUUGCAUCCUGCGUCCUAAAGCACUGAGAAAGAGAAAAUGGCCGCCUGGCUGACCCAGCUGCUGUUCCCACCAUCUGCACCACCCUCCUGCUCACUGUCUUAUAAUGCAACGAGAGGCCAAUGUUACACAACACACUACCCCACAGGACACCAGACACCAGUCGGGACUUUUUUGGGGGCAGACGUGUCACUUUCCCUUCUCCCUCUCUGCCCCCCCAUGGCUGCGAUGAUUAUUAUUGUUGACUGUAUAUAUUGCAUACAUUUUAUUUA